GGGUUAUUCCGGUUUCUCUUCAGACGUGGAAGAUACGUAGGACACGGCUCUGACGCGAACGCGUAACGCCUGGUCACGCUUUUAGUUGAACGCGACCCGCGACAGCCUAGGACAAAGAUCCACUGAUCGUUGCCGCCGCGAUCUAUCUAACGCACGUCCUCACCGCUUCCAUAACAAACACCUUUUCCUGCCGCCUUUUGCAGAAUCCCCACCACGCACGCCUCUCGACUCUCAAGUCUACCACAUUGUCCAUACCGACCGUCUCACCUACCUUUAUUCUUGCUUCAUCACUUCCGCCUUCAAAAUGUCUGUCGUGUCGCUUCUCGGUGUGGAGGUCAAGAACAACCCCGCGCGCUUCGACGAGCCGUACGAGUUUGAGAUCACCUUUGAGUGCCUUGAGCAACUACAGAAGGACCUCGAGUGGAAAUUGACCUACGUUGGCUCUGCGACCUCAAACGAGUAUGAUCAGGAACUCGACUCUGUCCUCGUCGGCCCCCUCCCCAUUGGCGUCAACAAGUUCCAGUUCAAGGCCGAUGCCCCCAACCUCACGCGCAUCCCCAACAGCGAGAUCAUCGGUGUCACAGUCAUCCUGCUUAGCUGCAGCUACGAUGAGCGCGAGUUUGUGCGUGUCGGAUACUAUGUGAACAACGAGUACACAGACGAGGCGCUAGCACUAGACCCGCCUACCAAGCCCGUCAUUGAGAAGGUGCAGAGGCAGAUUCUGGCAGAGAAGCCGCGAGUCACCCGCUUCGCCAUCAAGUGGGACUCCGACGAGUCUGCACCCCCCGAGUUCCCCCCUGAGCAGCCAGAGGCCGACCUCACCGCCGACGGAGACCAAUACGGUAUCGAGGAAGAGGAAGAAGAGGAGGCUGAAGAGGCUGAGGGUGAAGGCGUCGCCGCGGAGGGUGAGGAUGCCGCUAUGGCAGGUGCCGAGGACACUGCAGGCCCCGCUGCCGACGACGACGCUGAGUCCGAGGCCGGCAGUGAAGAGAUUGACAUUGAAGACUCAGAAGACGAUGAGGAGGAAGAGGGCGAGGAGGGCGGAGAUGAUGACAUGGAGAUGGACGAGGGCGAGGCAGGCGCUGCCAGCGGUGGCAAGCCAGCCCAACAACAGCCUGGAGGUGCCCCGCAGCAGCAACAGCCUGGUGCGGAUGUUAUGGUUCACUAGAUGUGCCGUCGGGUUCCUUGCUUGUAUACUUCAUCAUCGCGAGUGCUUCGAGCAGGAAGCGAUG